AUGGAGGCUGCAGCAGAUGGCGUCCUGGCGAGCCGAAGUGAAGAACCCGUUCGAGAUGAUGCUACCGUGGAGACUGCUGAGGAAGCAAAGGAGCCCGCUGAGGCUGACAUCAACGAGCUGUGCCGCGACAUGUUCUCCAAGAUGGCCACUUACCUGACUGGGGAACUGACGGCCACCAGUGAAGAUUAUAAGCUGCUGGAAAAUAUGAAUAAGCUCACCAGCUUGAAGUAUCUUGAAAUGAAAGAUAUUGCUAUAAAUAUUAGUAGAAACUUAAAAGACUUAAACCAGAAGUAUGCUGGACUGCAGCCUUAUUUGGAUCAGAUCAAUUUAAUUGAGGAGCAGGUAGCAGCCCUUGAGCAGGCAGCCUACAAGUUGGAUGCGUAUUCAAAAAAACUGGAAGCCAAGUACAAGAAGCUGGAGAAGCGAUGA